AGUAGUCGUUCUUUUCUCGGUUAAUAUUUGAAGGUCUUGAAGCCAAAACAGAGCGACUGGGGGAAGUAAAGAUGCUUUUUCGGAUUGUUUCAACGGCAUCAUUUUCGUUUCUUUGGUCAUUGGAACCCCCAGAGAACCCUCCAUAGUUUUCUACCUCACUGACCAAUCACUCUCGAACGAACAUCCUCACCAGGUCCAUACAACCAAUCAGAGGCUGUUCUAAAAAUUUUACGAGUGACCAAAAACCAGUACCCCAACCCCCUGCUCGAUAACGUGUUAACCAAUUGUUAUCCAUUUCUAUAUUCGCGAGUCCCUGACAAGUUGAGACAGCAGACCGACGAGACCACUCAACUGAUAAAACGUAACGACACAACCGCAGCCUACAUAGAACCAAGUUGGAUCAUUUCCCCUAGAGAAUUCCUCAUAGAGAUUCAGUCCAAAACCGAGAAACAAAGAGUAGAAAAUUGGAACGACGAAGAACGAGGAGCCAACGUCGACGAUGAACCCGCCAAGUUUGACAGCCAGUCCUUGCCAAAUAGUGUACUUCCAUAUUCUAUCAGCGAACGAUAAUGACAUUACAAAGAUUGGAGCAAAGCUGAAUGACGAAAUGUUCGACUGUUGGAUCAAGCCUGUUCAUUCAAGUGCCAUGAUGAAGGGAUUCGAAGAGUUCGAAUGGCGGAAUUCCAAAUUGUUUUUCCGAAACGAAGAACUAUCGGCAGUGAAUCUUAAAACAGGUUUGAAGAUGUUUCUCGAAUUUCUCAAGUCAUCACCGAAGCCGAUUAUACUCAUUAGUCAUUCUGCAUACGCUGGCACAGAGCUACUUUGUCAUGCGAUUGUAAAGUCUGGCCUGAAGCGAGUGUUUGAUGGUCUCAUUGUGGGGUGCAUAGAUUCUAUGGAGAUUUUCAAUAAACCCCCCUUCGAUCGAACCAGAACAGAGCAGCUCGCAUUGGAUGUCCUAUAUCAGGAUUUGCUAGGAUUGCAUUACACGCAAAAAUUUUACGAUGUCCCAUAUUAUCUGACAGUUCUUGAAGAGCUUAUAACCAGUCUCAUACCGACUGAUUAUUUGAUUCGAAAUUCUGUCCCCUAUGAAGAAUUUAUGACGAGUGAAGAUGAAACUGAUGGAGAUGAAGAUGAUGGUAUGGGCAGAGAUGAAGGUGACUCGAGCGAAGAUGAAACUGGGGGCAAUGGUAAUCGAAACGGGGAUAUUCGCUACUGUGCUAGCUUCUCUUAUCGAUUUAUUCCAAUUGAUCAAUAUGAAAACCGAAACGGUUUAUAAAAAUUCUAGAAUCGAUCGUCGUUCGAGAUCUCAGCUUUCUUUUUUAUUGUCGAUACAUAAAUAUAAACGUUUAUUGAUUUAAAAGCGAGAUGCAAGGUCAAAUUCAACAACAGAGACCAUCAAAAACAAUGUAUCUGAUUUGUAAGAUUGUUCUCAAUAAUUUUCAAUAAAAACCUCGCUAUAUUAUAUUCGA